AUGCUCAUUCGGGUGCUGGUGAUAGAGGACUUAUUCUGGGAGCCUCAGGGCAUCGAGAUGCUUCGCGAGAGUGACAUUGUCGGAAUAGUCCUCGAAGGUCUCAAGAAGCAUCAUCUUGUCGAUAAGAUGACCACAGAAAUGCCGGUGAGCAGUCCGUCGAUCGGCUACUACUACUACUACUACUACUACUACUACUACUACUACGAUGAGGGCCCCGUGCUGAUGCGGAGCCGUGACCAUGAAAUUUAA